AUGCGAUCAUCGGCAUCAUCGUCAUCAUCGGCAGAGCCAUUGGCGUUUGGCUUCAAGCCGAGGUACCUUGCUCUCCUCCUUACCCCGCCCAACCUUGUCUCGUCGUACUUUGAGCUCUCGGUUGAGCAUCAACUCUUUCUCUCUCGGCCAACGCACUGUGCAGAUGGCUCAUCGUUGACCUCGUUUACGGUGGCGCUUGUCAUGGACGCUGCCGGUGCCAAACAGGUUCCGUGGGUCCUUCCGGCCUUUCGUAGAGUACUCGAUCGCACAGUCGCCGCCCUGGCACAUGAGCAAGAGCGGACUCAGUUUGUGCUCAAUGAGCUCGAGCUCAUCGCCCGCAUCAAGGCCGAAGGCGCCGACCGAGGCUGGUCGCCGCCCUUUACCACUCAGCGCCUCAUUGACGUCUCAGAGCUUGCCCUCGUGCUCUCUUUGGUCUAUGACCACUUUGAGCAGGUCUCGGUCGGCGUCCUCCGCGCCUCCACCUUUGGCUGGUGGCGAACGCUGCGGCAGCCGCUCAACAUCCGACUCAACUCGUGGCUCGAGCUCAACCUCGCGCUCUCCCUCGAUCCCAACGACGGCGCUCCGCCAGCGGUCCUCGCCCCACCCGCCGUCGCUGCCACCACCAUGUCUGCCGCCUCAUUGUCGCCGGCCUCGCAGCAAGCCGCGACCGCCAGCCCCUAUCCGGUCGCCUCGCUCGCCGACUGCCGCCCCUGGCACGCCCUCCUCCUCCUCGACUCGGGCACCUCAAUCGUUGUCCGCCUCCCUCCCGACGCCUCGCCCUCACUCCGCGCCCUCCUCCUCGCCGCCUCGCCGCUUGUCUCGUUCGAGGACCUCAUGGUUGAGCUUGGCAUCCCGCUCGUCACGCUUUAUAAGCUCGCUCUCCAUGUCCAGCACUGGGGCUGGGCCCGCAUCACCGCCACCGUUUCCGAGUCGUCGCUCUUCUGCCGCAACUGGGACACCACGCUCGACCUCGGCAAGGUCGGCGCCUCAUCCGAGCUCGCCUCGCUCUGCCUCCAGCUCCUUGCCCCCUUUGACGAGCCGCGCCGCGUUCGCGACGUCGAGCGCAUCGACGACGUUCUAUGGCUCCUCAAGUACGACCUCAUCGUCCAAGUCUGCACCUACUUUUACCUCGUUGUUCCCGAAGUCGACCGUUACCCGGACCCGCUCGCCUCGCCGGCCGACCCCGAUCCGCCUCCGCCACUCUCCACCAGCAGCGCCUCACCGCGCUCAGUCGCCGCCAAGAAGCGCCACGCCUCACGCGCUGCAGCAGCCCUCACCCCCGCCGAGCGCGCCUUUAUCGACUCGCUCGAUCCCUCACCGGCGCGCGACCUCCUCCUUCGCCUCUUCAAGUACUUUCGCGGGAGCCACUGCAUCGAGGAGAUCAUGUGGCGCGAGAACCUCUCGCGCGCCCUCAUCCUCGACGUCGCCUCACGGUUUGACGACUUUAUCGUCGUCCGCACAACGCCGCACAAGUAG